UGGGAGUUUGGACUGCUCCUGGUUUUAAGUGACGUGGUGUUACAGUCAAGAAUCCUCCUAUGAAGAAUAUGAGAAAAAUGGAGUUGUUGAGUUAUUGUUGCUGCUAUCUUAGAAAAAUAGCUUAACGACGUUGCUGCUCUGUCCAAUUAAACCCUUGAUCUCUCAUGGGCAGUUGAAAUCAGCAACUCUUUCUUUGAUACUCUCUAGAAAACGGACCUACUAGACCUUUACGUGGCCAAUCAGUAAUUUACAAGUGUCAACAACCCCAUUUCUUUAAAGACUGCUUCCACUUAAAACUUAAACUAACCUUAAUUAUUUGAUAUAUACAAAACAGAAAACGGAGAAAUACUAGAGAUUGUUUUUGUUGUUAUAAACAUUUGGUUUUCUUCUUCUUCAUUUAUUUCUUUUUUUUUCUGUUAUGCAAACAAAAGAAGAGUGCGAAUCAAAUUCUUGUAAAACCCAAUUCUCUAAUAUGUUUAAUGAGUUCAAUCAGAGGUUUCGGCGACUUUGCUCCAGACUCCGGUGGAGACGACGUUCGAAGUCGAAGAUUAUGAUCAAGAAGUUUGGAAAAUCGAACUCCAAAGGGCAUUUUAAGGAAGAAUUUGAUGGUGGUGGUGGUGGUGGUGCUCAGAGUUUCGGACAUCAUCAAAAUGGUCUAGUGGGUAUUUCUAAACGUGAGAACUCUAUACGGAUUGCAACUUUUAAUGCUGCUAUGUUUUCGAUGGCUCCUGCAGUACCAGAUUUUGACAAUUCAAUUGUGUUUGAUUAUGGAGAAGAAGAUUUUGCCAAGAUAAAUCAUUCUGGGGAGUUUGAUAUGCGAAUGAAAUCCAUAAAUGAUCGUCCAAGAAGUAUACUAAAGCAGUCACCUUUACAUCCCAGUUCCAUGAAUGGUACUAGUGAUCAACCCCUUAGUAGGCAACAAAGCAGGUAUGCGAAGUCGAAGUUAAGGGUUUCGAUAAAUUUACCGGAGAAUGAGAUUUCAUUAGAAAGAAGUAAACAAUUACGAGACGAAAAAAAAGGUUUGAAUUCAAAUUCUAAAGGAAAAGCUCCUUUGAGAUCAAGUAGAAGUCUUCCAAAUGGUAAUAGUAUUGGUAGAAGUUGUUUCGAGAGUUUUAGAAGUAAUAGAACUAUUAUGCAAGUUUUAAAAGAAGUUGAUGCGGAUAUUUUAGCUUUACAAGACGUGAAAGCAGAAGAAGAGAAAGGUAUGACACCUCUUUCUGAUUUAGCAACAGCUUUAGGAAUGAAAUAUGUGUUUGCUGAAAGUUGGGCACCUGAAUAUGGAAAUGCUGUACUGUCAAAAUGGCCAAUUAAGAAAUGGCAAGUUCAGAAAAUCUUUGAUGACUCCGAUUUCAGGAAUGUGUUGAAGGUCACAGUGGACGUCCCCAACACGGGUGAAAUCAAUUUCCACUGUACACAUCUGGAUCAUUUAGAUGAGAACUGGAGGAUGAAGCAGAUAAAUGCGAUAAUGCGGUCCAGUGAUGGACCACAUAUCUUAGCUGGAGGCUUAAACUCUCUCGACCAAACAGACUACUCUGCCGAGAGAUGGACUGACAUUGUAAAGUAUUACGAGGAGAUAGGAAAACCGACCCCAAAAGUCGAGGUGAUGAAGUUUUUGAAGGGAAGGCGAUAUAUAGACGCAAAAGACUAUGCGGGCGAAUGUGAAUCAGUUGUCAUGAUUGCCAAAGGCCAAGAUGUGCAAGGAACAUGCAAGUAUGGAACAAGAGUUGAUUACAUAUUAACAUCACAGGACUCGCCAUACAAGUUUGUACCAGGAUCAUAUUCAGUCUUCUCAUCCAAAGGAACUUCAGAUCAUCACAUUGUGAAAGUUGAUAUGAUGAAAGUAGAUAACAUUGAACAAGAGAAUGCAAACAAUCCACCAAGACGAAGAACGAAAAAGAAAAAGAAGAAAGUAGUGAAGAUCACAAAUACUUCUACUGGUAUAUGGAGACUAAAGUCGUGAAUGGAAGCGCAUAUGACACAUCUUAUUCAUCGUUUUGAUCGAAGGUGCUGCUUCCUUUCUGCCAUUUCACGCAAGUAUCUGAUGAAAUUCUGGAACCUAUUUUUAUACCUGGCGACAUAACCACGAGGGAUAAUUGGAAAAAUGUCCCAUAUUUCGAUGCCCCGAUGGGAAACUGCCCCAUAGAAAAAAAGUUAUGAGAAAUUGCCCCACCGUUGCUAUUUCUGUCCAAACUGUGUUAACUGGUCAAUGACGCCACAUGCGUGAGUUUCAUGUGUCGGAAAAAGACAUAUACACCCUAAAUAUUUCUUUCUCCUACGUAUCUCUGCCCAUCUUCUCCAUUUACAUUAGAACAAAACAAAAAAAAUACAGAGAGACGCAAAUCGAGUUUUAGUGAGGAAAUUUCAGUUUCAAUUUGGUUUUGAAACUUGAAAUCAGAAAUUAGGGUUAAUUGAUUUUUGGAAAAUAUUUGAUUUUUAAGGUUCAUAGAAUUUAGGGUUUUUACUUUGUAAUCAUGUAAUUGAAGUUAUUAAAUCUUUGUGGUGGAUGUAAUAACCCUAAUUAGUGCAUUUGAAGGUUUGGUUUUCGGGA